AUGAACAACACCACGACCACAAACCUGCUGACGACAAGCAACACUCCUGCUACAGCAAAUAGAAGUGAAGGAGUACAACAAAUGAAUACUUGUGGCCGAAGCAAUACAUCAUCAACAAUGCCAAGCAAUAUUCAACAUGAAUAUACUAUUGCUUCAUCUCAAGUGCCAAAUAAUUAUUCACGGGAAUAUACUUUUCUGAAAAACAAUUCUAGGAGCAACUCUUCUGCACAGGAAAUUAGUUCUUCUAUUCAAGGACCAUUCUCUGAAACAAUGUCAAUUAAAACUGAGAAGAUAGCAGCUGGGAUAUCAGAAAGAGCAAAUGUUUCUCCAUUUUCUGAAAGUAAGCCAAUAAUUGCUUCUUCAUGUAUUGAAACAUUUACAAAUCCAUACCAUACUCCUUUACUGGGUACGCAAUCAAUGAUCGAGCCUUGUGUACCAAUAAGAAAGCUUCCAAACCUUACCAUAAAUGUAAACAAUAAUAGUAGCACUGCUGUCCUUGCAUCAGCUGGUUCACAUUCUGCUAAACCAAAUCAAACUUCACCUCCUCCACCUUCCAAUUUUCCAACAAUUCCAUUACUUCCAGCCAAUUUCACAACAACUACCACUUUAAGUAGUGGUACUUGCACAUCAGUGCUUGGCAACUGUGGACCAAUUCCAUUUUCCUUUUCAAAGCCAACUAGUUCAUUUGCAGAAUUAGGAGAAAUCAUUUCUCAAGGUAACUUUGGAAUACCUAAUUCCUCAACCUAUUGUAAUGAUACCAUUAGUUGCAAUUCUACUACUAGCUCUACUUUUGAAGAACCUAAGAAAGUCAAGAAUAGAAAAGAAAAAUCACUCACCAUGAUUUGCAGCAAGUUUAUCCAAUACUAUGAAGAAAAGGCUAAUAGCCCAACAACUAGCGCUCAAUCAAAGGGUGACAUUAAGAUUGAAGAAGCUGUUAACACACUAGGUAUUGAAAAGAGAAGAAUUUAUGAUAUUUUAAAUGUCCUCGAAAGUAUUUCUAUUGUAACAAAAGUUGGUGUUUCAUGCUAUAAAUUCAAUGGAACAAAGUGCCUCAACGCUACUCUUGAACAAAUGAAAAACAGUGCUUUCGUAGAUCCACUCCUUUUUGAAGGUAUUCAAUCACUCCCAAAAAAUCCACAAAACGAACCAAUUAUUAAGAGUUUAUCAAAGUUUAAACAAUCAUCUAUGACUCAUACUUCAAGAUCGAACACAUUGACAUCAUUGAGCAGGCUCUUGAUUAUGUGUUUCUUGGCAACUGAAGUUAAAGAAAUUACACAAGAUCAACUUUUGGCCAUUGUGCUAAAAGAUUCUACCGAAAAGACGAGAACAAGAAGAUUAAAUGAUAUUGUAAACAUUUUAUCUGCCAUUCACUUACUUGAAAAGAAAACUGAAAAGAGUGUUAAUGUUUUCAAGUGGCUUGGUGGAUCUUACGCAAAUGAAAACAAACCAGUCAGUUCUAUCAUAUCUCCUUCUAAAAUGCCUCUGAAAAAGAGAAAGAGAGUUAAGGCUGGAUCACAAGGAUCAGAUAACGAAACAUCUCCAUUAACCAUUGAAGGUGGUCCUUCUUUUUCUAUUGUUGAUAUACCACAACCUGAAAAUUCAAAGAACGAAAUUUCUGAAAUUAGUCCAGUGCCAAUCUCUACAGUUUCUCCAUCAUUUUUCCAAAGCAGUACAACCACUUGUAAAACUCCAACAUCUAGUGGUAGCAACAGCAGUGGUGGUCUUCAUUUUCAAUUCAGAUCGCCACCAAGUAAGAAGAAUAAGACCAUUCCACUUUCUUCAUUCACAACUGUUUUGGGAGGCGCACCAAAGAUUUCUCCAAAGAACUUGAAUGAAAUCUUCAAGUCAAGCGAGCAACCAAUUACGAAUAAUUCAAAUAUUCCUGUCCAAAGCCCAACCAUUCCAAAUGCUGGUAUUACCACAACAUUUGGUAAAUUGGGCUCUGGAAGCAUUUUUUCACAAACUUCUGGUCAAGUUUCACCUCGAGUAAUGCCUUCAGCUAUUAAGGCAACCAUUUUCAACGAAAAUAAUAAGGAAAAUGUCUGUAAGCCAACAGUUUCUCAAACUACAAAGAAACCAUUAUCACCUAACGACAAUGCACAACAAGGUAAAAUCACUUUCAAGAUUCGUGGUACCAAUGAAACAACUUUAGCUCCAAGACAACCACUUGGUCUUAAAACAGACAAUGGCGUUAAUAAUCAACAAAAUAUUAAAUCUCCAAGACCUUAA